GUGCAGAACCCAGGCUUGGCUGAGGGAGGCAGCCCAGACUUCAAGGGCCUUGGGUCUGGCAAGGGAGACAGCUGUAUCUUCAGGAGCACCUAGUUCAAAGGUGGAGAAACAGGCCUGUUUCUCAGCCAUCCCUCCCCAGCCAAUCCCCCUCCCCCUAAGCCAAGUGCCAGGGACUGGCUGUGAAGGUCUGGAAGGUGGUACUAGGGUAAAUGCAAUGUGUUUGUCAGGGGGCGGGGCCCUCAACGACCAAGCUGGUCAAGCAGAGGCAUUCUGACUAUUGAUGCUAGAAGAGUCUGAGGGAGACCUCUGUGGCCCCUAACUCAGGGGCCUGAGAGAAGGGCGUGAGUGAAGAGGCAGGGAGCCUGGGGAGGCAGCUGGGCCAGGCAAGAGAGGGUGGGUCCAGGCAGAGCCACAGAGCUGGAUGGCAGAGACGUUCAGAAGGGAGCCCCGAGCCAAGGUUAGAGUUCUGGGGACCUUCCAAGGGUGUAAGGAUGGCUGGUGGUGGGCUUUGGGUUGGAUACUGACCACUUGGCCUGGGAGCCUGUGUGACCACUGACCCAGCAGAGUCAUAGCCAAGUGCCCUUCCUCGACCAAGUCUCUCUUUUAAUAAAAGUCAAGGCCGGGCGUGGUGGCUCACACCUGUAAUCCCAGCACUUUGGGAGGCCAAGGUGGGCGGAUGAUUUGAGGUCAGGAGUUCAAGACCUGGCCAACAUGUUGAAACCCCGUCUCUACUAAAAAUACAAAGAAAUGAGCUGGGUGUGGUGGCGUGCACCUCUGAUCCCAGUCAGAGCCGAAUCCUAGCUGGGGAGGUAGUGGGGGCAGUAGGAGGCGUCAGCCUUAAGGAUGUUUUGGGUGGCUUUGGUAUCCUAAGGCCAGCCUGGUGGGUGUGGGAGUCAUCCCCCAGGAGGUAUGGUGGCAGCUUCAGAGGGAGGAGAAAGAUGAAAAGCCUGGGUCCCUGCUGUGAAGGCCUCGCAGGCUGGGCAGGACAGGCUAAGCACACCCAACAGUGUUGUGCAGCCGGUGCUGUGACUGGUGUGCAUGGAUGUCCGACAGGCUGGGGAGCUGGGAGUGGUGGUGUAGUCUCUUAGAGGGUGGGCCCAGAGGCCAAGGGGACACCUAAGGAGCGGUAAGCCUUGGAGGAUGAGUGGAUUUCUCUAGACCAAAAAUGGUCGAGGAAGGGGACCCUGGGAAGGAGAAACUGUUUGCCUGAGCUAAAGUGUAGAGGUGGUUUGAAAAUGUAAGGUAAGCUGGGCGCCAUGGCUCAUACCUGUAACCCUAGCACUUUGGAAGGCUGAGGCGAGUGGAUCACUUGAGGUCAAGAGUUCGAGACCAGCCUGGCCAACAUGGGAAAACCCCAUCUCUACUAAAAUACAAAAAUUAGCUGGGUGUGCUGGUAUGCGCCUGUAGUCCCAGCUACUCAGGAGGUUGAGGCACAAGAAUUGCUUUAACCCAGGAGGUGGAGGUUGCAGUGAGCUGAGAUCGCGCCACCAUACUCCAGCCUGGGCGAUGAGAGCGAAACUCCAUCUCAAAAAAAGAAAAAAGAAACUGUGAGGUGACCAAAAUAGUUAACUCCGGUGUGGUCCCUGUCAUGUCUAAUGAGGAAAACACAAAAAUUAAAAUAGAGGAAGGGGACCAGCUCCUGCAGCCCUGUGUGCUGACAUGGAAGGUGUGUUGGAAGGCAGCUGCAGCUUCUACUUGUAGCAAGGGCCAAGGAUGGUGUCCUGAACAAGACUCUGGAAAGACGUGCAGGAGGAGUACAUUGGCCAGAUCUCCUAAGAUAAGUAGCUGUGAGCAUCAAUUCUGGAAUGACAGUGACGAAUGUAUAGAAUUCAUACUAGAUGGAUGGACUAGUGAAGGCUUUGGGACUAUGAGGCUGGAGAGGAAACUGCCAAUCCAGUACAUGGACCAAAAAAGCCUUUAGUUUUGCAUUGUGUGUAUUGCUCAGACAUUUUGUCUGGUCUUAGUAAGCACUCCCUAGCCUUCCCCCUCUCCUUUUAAUAAAAGUCAAGGCCGGGUGCGGUGGCUCAUGCCUGUAAUCCCAGCACUUUGGGAGGCCAAGGUGGGUGGAUCAUUUGAGGUCAGGAGCUCAAGACCAGCCUGGCCGAAUGGUGAAACCCUGUCUCUACUAAAAAUAUAAAAAAAAUGAGCCAGGAGUGGUGUGCCUGUAAUCCCAGCUACUCGGGAGGCUGAGGCACUAGAAUUGCUUGAACCUGGGCGGCAGAGGUUGCAGUGAGCCGAGAUCACACCACUGCACUGCAGCUUGGGUGACAGAGUGAGACCCUGUCCCAUUAAAAAAAAAAGUCAAAGGCCAUAUGAGAGGUCUCAGUCAAGGGGUAAUCAAUAUUGUGAUAAACUUAGUUGAAACACAGUGCCCAAAAUGAACCUAGGCAGUCAAGUCCAAAAGCCUGUUCUUUUUUUUUUUCUUUCUUUCCCGAGACGGAGUCUCACUCUAUCGCUCAGACUGGAGUGCAGUGGUGUGAUCUCGGCUCACUGCAACCUCCGCUCCGUGGGUUCAGGCGAUUCUCCUGCCUCAGCCUCCUGAGUAGCUGGGAUUACAGUACGUGACCGCGUCCGGACCAAGAUGGAGAGAGACAUCCUGGCUGAUGUAAAUCACCCAUUCGUGGUGAAGCUGCACUAUGCCUUCCAGACCGAGGGCAAGCUCUAUCUCAUUCUGGACUUCCUGCGUGGUGGGGACCUCUUCACACGGCUCUCAAAAGAGGUGAUGUUCACGGAGGAGGAUGUGAAGUUUUAUCUGGCCGAGCUGGCUCUGGGCCUGGAUCACUUGCACAGCCUGGGUAUCAUUUACAGAGAUCUCAAGCCUGAGAACAUCCUUCUGGAUGAGGAGGGCCACAUCAAACUCACUGACUUUGGCCUGAGCAAGGAGGCCAUUGACCAUGAGAAGAAGGCCUACUCUUUCUGCGGGACAGUGGAGUACAUGGCCCCCGAGGUUGUCAACCGCCAGGGCCACUCCCACAGUGCGGAUUGGUGGUCCUAUGGGGUGUUGAUGUUCGAGAUGCUGACGGGCUCCCUGCCCUUCCAGGGGAAGGACCGGAAGGAGACCAUGACACUGAUUCUGAAGGCGAAGCUAGGCAUGCCCCAGUUUCUGAGCACUGAAGCCCAGAGCCUCUUGCGGGCCCUGUUCAAGCGGAAUCCUGCCAACCGGCUCGGCUCCGGCCCUGAUGGGGCAGAGGAAAUCAAGCGGCAUGUCUUCUACUCCACCAUUGACUGGAAUAAGCUAUACCGUCGGGAGAUCAAGCCACCCUUCAAGCCAGCAGUGGCUCAGCCUGAUGACACCUUCUACUUUGACACUGAGUUCACGUCCCGUACACCCAAGGAUUCCCCAGGCAUCCCCCCUAGCGCUGGGGCCCAUCAGCUGUUCCGGGGCUUCAGCUUCGUGGCCACCGGCCUGAUGGAGGACGACGGCAAGCCUCGUGCCCCGCAGGCACCCCUGCACUCGGUGGUACAGCAACUCCAUGGGAAGAACCUGGUUUUUAGCGACGGCUACGUGGUAAAGGAGACGAUUGGUGUGGGCUCCUACUCUGAGUGCAAGCGCUGUAUCCACAAGGCCACCAACAUGGAGUAUGCUGUCAAGGUCAUUGAUAAGAGCAAGCGGGAUCCUUCAGAAGAGAUUGAGAUUCUUCUGCGGUACGGCCAGCACCCCAACAUCAUCACUCUGAAAGAUGUGUAUGAUGAUGGCAAACACGUGUACCUGGUGACAGAGCUGAUGCGGGGUGGGGAGCUGCUGGACAAGAUCUUGCGGCAGAAGUUCUUCUCAGAGCGGGAGGCCAGCUUUGUCCUGCACACCAUCGGCAAAACUGUGGAGUAUCUGCACUCACAGGGGGUUGUGCACAGGGACCUGAAGCCCAGCAACAUCCUGUAUGUGGAUGAGUCCGGGAAUCCCGAGUGCCUGCGCAUCUGUGACUUUGGUUUUGCCAAACAGUUGCGGGCUGAGAAUGGGCUCCUCAUGACACCUUGCUACACGGCCAACUUCGUGGCGCCCGAGGUGCUGAAGCGCCAGGGCUACGAUGAAGGCUGCGACAUCUGGAGCCUGGGCAUUCUGCUUUACACCAUGCUGGCAGGAUACACCCCAUUUGCCAACGGUCCCAGUGACACACCAGAGGAAAUCCUAACCCGGAUUGGCAGUGGGAAGUUUACCCUCAGUGGGGGAAAUUGGAACACAGUUUCAGAGACAGCCAAGGACCUGGUGUCCAAGAUGCUACACGUGGAUCCCCACCAGCGCCUCACAGCUAAGCAGGUUCUGCAGCAUCCAUGGGUCACCCAGAAAGACAAGCUUCCCCAAAGCCAGCUGUCCCACCAGGACCUACAGCUUGUGAAGGGAGCCAUGGCUGCCACGUACUCCGCACUCAACAGCUCCAAGCCCACCCCCCAGCUGAAGCCCAUUGAGUCAUCCAUCCUGGCCCAGCGGCGAGUGAGAAAGUUGCCAUCCACUACCCUGUGAGGCACCAGGACAUUCAGGCCACAGGGCGGUGCUAGCUUGACGGAGGCAGCAUGCUUCCCAGAGGGGGCAAGCCGGAGCCACAGGGCCAGAGGGAGCUGGAACCCGGGGGGCCGGGGAAGCCGCCAGCUCAGAACACCCCUAGUGAGGGUGUGAGAAGUGCCUUCUCCUUCCCCAGGAUGGACUCUUCUCUGCUCAGGCUCUGCUGGUGGAAAGCGAUUCACUGUAUAAACUCUUUUUUAUGGAAAAAAUGGCAUCGACCACCAUGGAUUUUUACAAGAUCCAUUUGCCUUUCUGGGAGCAGAAACAGCCAUUGCAGCCCCAGGAGGGGAACUGAGUCACGUUGGGGCUCUCUGAGACUCUUUAGAGCAGCUUUGGGAUCCCACCCUGGGGACCCCCACGACUGGCCAUCUGUAGCCAUCUGCACACACCUCCGAGACAGUCCAGUGUCACCUCUCUCAGAGCCUCUGGCUGUUUAGCAGAACUCAUUCUAUCCCCAAUCAGCUCCUUUUCCGUUCUGUUCUGCUGGGAGUUCUAGAACCACUUCCUGCUACAGGAGGGGACUCAUGCCCUGCUGGCUUCCAGCUUCAGGCACCAGCAUCCACCUCGGCUCUGCCAGUGGAUCCCCUGCGGUCAGGCUGGGCAGCCCCAGAGAGCGGAUGUGGAAAGCACUUUUUGGCUGACUUCAUUUGGGGUUGGCAACAGGACAGAGUUCACAGGAGGCCAGUGGGCGGGCCAUGAGGGACAGGGGCUUUUUUCAUUUCUUCUUCAGCUGGUUACUCAGGGUUCGUCUGUCCAUGGCCUUUCUAAUAAACUGUUGAGUUGAA